CGCGGGGAGUACUUUACUCAUGGCGGCGCUGCCCUUUUGGAGCGGGCAGCCCAUCGUCCGGACGAUGCGACGCCUGCUGCCCCUGCUAGCCAUCGCCGCCGCAGAAUACGACGGCGCCUGCGACGGCCAAGCGUGGUCCGCCCAAACGGAAAUGACCAUCGCCGCCGGCGCCACGUACGCGACGUUCUACGCGGCAAAGUACUCCGACACAACCUGCGGCAGCUCGGGAGGCAGCCUCAUCUCGUACGGAACGACGAUGAAUUACGAAAGCUUAAACUGCGGCGUCGACGUCUGCGCGCGAUGCGUCCAAGGCGUCUUGACGCUCGGGUACUUCCCGGACGGAGCGCCCGACGCGCUUUGGAGCGACACGACCGACGCCUCGUUUACGGGCACCGCGACCGCGACCGCGGAGGUCGAUUGCAACGACGGCUGCGGGGAAGAGUGCCUCUCCCUCGGAUCGAUAUCAGUACGCGUCGCGUGGCACUCCGACGACGGCCCACUCUGUGCCGCCGCGCCAUCGUGCCCCAACGCCACGUCGUCAUCAUUAGCCAACGCCACGUCAUCAUCAUUAGCCGCCGACGGCGCCCGCCGCGCGGACCUCUCAAGCGCGCUUGCGACAAUCGUCGCCGCGAGAUAUCUACUGAAUUAGCAGAUCACAGAAAUGUAGAACCUCACUCUGCGGCAGUCACAGUCACAAAAUUUAGAACAUCACACCCGUCUCCUUCGCGUCGACGAGCGCCGCGCUCUCCUGUAUAGUUAACUACUUGUAGUAUA